UGUUGUGUGGACCUCAUUGCUGGGACGGUGUUUGUCGGGACAGAAGUACAUCUGUUUUGUUUUCUUUUUGUGUACUUUGUAUCUCAGUGUUGGGUUAUUUCAUUAUGGACGUUGCUACUGCGACUGCAGAGAAUGCCGGGGAGACAGUGAAAGACGAGUUGGCUGACAAAUGUCAGAAGUUAUUCCAGGCUUUCUUGGAAGAGUUCCAGACCGCAGAUGGAGAAGUGAAGUAUGUCCGGGAGGCCGAGGAGUUGAUCCGGCCUGAGAGGAACACAUUGCUGGUUAGCUUCACUGAUCUGGAAGGCUUCAACCAGGAGCUGGCAACCACCAUCCAGGAGGAGUAUUAUAGAGUGUAUCCCUUCCUCUGUCGGGCUGUUCGCAACUUUGCAAGGGAUCACGGGAACGUUCCGCUCACUAAAGAAUUCUACGUGGCCCUGGAAGAUCUGCCCGCCAGACACAAGAUCCGCGAGUUGUCGUCCAUGCGCAUCGGCACCCUGGUGAGGAUCAGCGGUCAGGUGGUGAGGACGCACCCGGUCCACCCCGAACUGGUGAGCGGCACCUUCCUGUGCAUGGACUGUCAGGCGGUGAUAAAAGACGUCCCUCAGCAGUUCAAGUACUCCCCGCCGACCAUCUGCCGCAACCCCGUGUGCAACAACCGCUCACGCUUCCACCUCGACACGCACAAGUCUAAGUUCAUUGACUUCCAGAAGGUGCGCAUCCAGGAGACGCAGGCGGAGCUACCUCGUGGUUCCAUCCCACGCUCCCUGGAGAUCGUUCUGAGAGCCGAGGCGGUGGAGACGGCUCAAGCCGGCGACCGAUGUGACUUCACCGGGACGCUUGUUGUGGUGCCGGAUGUCUCUCAGCUCAGCACUCCUGGUCUGCGAGCAGAGACCAGUACCAGGGUGGGUGGACCUCAGGGCUUCGAGUCUGAAGGUCUGAGGGGAUUGAAAGCUCUGGGGGUCCGAGAGUUGUCAUACAGACUGGCUUUUCUGGCCUGUAACGUCGCUCCCACAAACCCGCGGUUUGGCGGCAAGGAGCUGCGAGAGGAGGAGCAGACGGCCGAGAGCAUCAAGAGCCAGAUGACGGAGCGCGAGUGGGAGAAGGUGUUUGAGAUGAGCCAAGACAAGAACCUGUACCACAACCUGUGCACCAGCCUCUUCCCCACCAUCCACGGCAACGACGAGGUGAAGCGCGGCAUCCUUCUGAUGCUGUUCGGAGGCGUUCCCAAGACCACCAUGGAGGGAACCUCGCUGAGAGGAGACAUCAACGUCUGCAUCGUGGGAGACCCCAGCACCGCCAAGAGUCAGUUCCUCAAGCAUGUGGAGGAGUUCAGCCCCAGGGCGGUUUACACCAGCGGCAAAGCGAGCAGUGCUGCUGGUCUGACGGCCGCUGUGGUCCGAGAUGAAGAAUCCCACGAGUUUGUAAUUGAGGCUGGCGCUUUGAUGCUGGCUGAUAAUGGUGUGUGCUGCAUCGAUGAGUUUGACAAGAUGGACCUGAAAGACCAGGUGGCCAUCCACGAGGCCAUGGAACAGCAGACUAUCAGCAUCACCAAGGCCGGAGUUAAGGCCACCCUGAACGCCCGCACAUCCAUCCUUGCCGCCGCCAACCCCGUCAGCGGGCGCUACGACCGCAGCAAGAGUCUGAAGCAGAACGUCAACCUGACCGCGCCCAUCAUGAGCCGCUUCGACCUCUUCUUCAUCCUGGUGGACGACUGCAACGAGGUGACGGACUACGCCAUCGCCAGACGCAUCGUCGACCUGCACUCGCGUGUGGAGGAAUCGGUGGACCGGCUGUACUCUUUGGAUGAAAUCCGGAGGUACCUGCUGUUUGCCAGGCAGUUCAAACCAAAGAUUUCCAGCGAAUCCGAGGAGUUCAUCGUCGAGCAGUACAAGCGUCUCCGCCAGCGUGACGGCUCCGGGGGGGUGACAAAGUCAGCCUGGAGGAUAACGGUGAGGCAGCUGGAGAGCAUGAUCCGCCUGUCGGAGGGCAUGGCCAGGAUGCACUGCUGUGACGAGGUUCAGCCCAAGCAUGUCAAAGAAGCUUUCCGUCUUCUGAACAAGUCCAUCAUCAGAGUGGAGACACCCGACAUCAACUUGGAACAAGAGGAUGAACAAGAAGACGAGGAGAUGCCAGAGGAAGGAAACAUCCCUAACGGCGUGAAUGGUGACGACGGCGGACUAAACGGACACGUCGGUGGUAUCAACGGUCACGUCAACGGUGUGAACGGCCACUCCGACGCCGGCAGUCAGCCCAAACCGUCCCUGCGCCUGUCUUUCGCCGAGUACCAGCGCAUCUCCAACUUGCUGGUCCUGCAUCUGCGCAGAUCAGAAGAAGCUGAGGAGGAGGAGGAGCUGAAGAAAAGCGUGGUGGUGAAUUGGUACCUGAAGGAGAUCGAGUCCGAGAUCGACUCGGAGGAGGAGCUCAUCAAUAAGAAGGGACUGAUCGAGAAGGUCAUCCACAGGCUGGUGCACUACGAUCACAUCCUCAUCGAGCUGUCUCAGUCGGGCCUAAAGGGCUCCGAGCCUGCGAGUACAGAGGAGGUGGUUCUGGUCGUCAAUCCCAACUACAUCCUAGAAGACUGAACUUCCUCUUUGCUUCCCGUUGCUUUGUUAGCCCCAUAAACAUACAAAAGAGUAGCGUUGUCGGAUAUUACAAAGAUUGGAUUAUUGUGCUUUUCAUGAAAAAUGGUGUUUGUCACAUUUAUUGUAAAUAUGCUGCUGGCUUCUAUGAGUCAACCUGUGUAAUAGCUGGUUAUCUAUUUGUUUAUGUAUUUUCUAUUGUGCCACAAUGUGUUUCAAAAGUAAAUAAAAUAAUGUUG